CAUUUCUCUUCUUCUCCAAGAAGCCAUUACCGUUCAAAGUUCAAACUCGACAAUCCUCAAAACGACAAUCAAUCCCUAACCAAAAGAUCGUCGUUUUCUUCUCUUCCUCAAAAACGACAAUCAUCAACUCUGCUCCACCACCACCUUCGCCGCCAUGUCUUUCUACGACGACGACGAUGAUGAUUUCCAGAUUCCUCUAACCCGAACAACCCCAACUCCCAAAAAUCUCGCUCUCUCACAGAAACCCCUCAAAGCCUCAAGCUUUACUCCCCGGCCAUGGAAGAAACCGAAGCAAUUGACCAAAACCAGCCUUGCCCCCAAGCAAUUGAACAAUGCAACCUCUUCUUCUUCGUCUUCGUUUCGUUUCGGGAAUCAGGAGAACAAGGAUUUUGAAUCGUCGGAUGUUGUGGGUUGUAGCUUGGAUUCGAUACCGUCUAGUUUUGAUUUUACAAGCCCUAAGGUCAGCGACGAGGUUUUCGUUAAUGGCGUUGAGAAAGAGGAAUUGUUGAAUAAAAUUGGGGGGUUUUCUAGCAAUUCGAUAGAGUCUAAGUUGAUUAAGUCGCGGGUAGGUUGUGGAUUGGGUAAUGUUGGGUCCAUUGAUGAGGAAGACACUGAGGGGGAUCUUGAUGUUUUGCUCAAUUUACGGUCUGCACUCGAAGAUGGAGAUAGUAUCAAUGGCGGUGAUUCUCCUCAUCAUUCGGAGAUAGUCGAUGAUGGGUAUGGAGUUUUUGUGCUGUGUCCUCUGUGUGGGGUUGACAUUUCGGAUUUGAGUGAAGAACAAAGGCAUAUCCAUACCAAUGCGUGUCUUGACAAAGAAGAUGCUCAAGCUCAAGAUGCUGUUCUUCCUCAUCAUGGAGGGGAGCCUCGAGACGAUGCCGAAGCUCAAAAUCAGGUUAAUCUUCCUGGUGAGAAUGAUGAGCCUCCAGUGCCUAGGAAAUGUGCUGAUGUUUCUGCUGUUGUGGAGUGGCUGCGUGGUCUGGGUUUAGCGAAAUACGAAGAUGUUUUUGUCCGAGAAGAGAUUGAUUGGGAUACCCUGCAAUGGCUGACUGAAGAGGAUCUUUUUAGCAUAGGCAUCACAACACUUGGUCCCAGGAAGAAGAUUGUGCAUGCUCUCUCUCAACUUAGAAAAGGUAGUGGUCGAGCAAGUGAAGAACAUACAAGUACAACAUUCCAUGUCCCUGGUGAACCCGAAAAGAGCACUAAUGGAGUUGAGAUGCCCAUUGAUGUCUCUGAGCAUGUAACCGACAGUGCUAGUAAAAUUGCUGCUAAUAAGUUGAUUACAGAUUAUUUUCCUGGAACUUCUAUUGAUAGGAAGAAAGUUUGCAACAUCUCCAAAGACCAGAGCAUGGUAGUAAAGAGAUCCUCGGGUUCUGGUAGUAAACAAGUUAUGGGGAAGAAAAAUGUCAGGAAGGGAAAACUCAAGAAUCCUCCUUCGUGGUGUUGUGUUCCAGGAACCCCAUUUCAAGUGGAUGCUUUUAAAUAUCUCAGAGGGGAUUGUUCACAUUGGUUUCUCACUCACUUCCAUAUGGAUCAUUAUCAAGGUCUAACGAAGUCCUUCUGUCAUGGGAAGAUCUAUUGCUCUUUAAUUACAGCUACCCUUGUAAAUAUGAAGAUUGGGAUCCCAUGGGACAGAUUACAAGUUUUACCCCUCAACCAAAAGAUCAAUAUUGUCGGUAUUGAUGUGACCUGUGUGGAUGCAAACCACUGCCCGGGUGCCAUAAUAUUACUUUUUGAACCACCCAACGGUAAGGCUGUUUUACACACUGGUGACUUUCGCUUUAGUGAGGACAAAGACAUGAUGGCUCUUUUACGGACACGUCCUAUUCAUACACUCAUACUCGACACAACUUACUGCAAUCCUCAGUAUGACUUUCCAAAGCAGGAAACGGUAAUACAAUUUGUCAUUGAUGCCAUUCAAGCUGAAACCUUCAACCCCAAAACCCUUUUUCUGAUUGGUAGCUACACAAUUGGAAAGGAGCGACUGUUCUUGGAGGUUGCUCGUGUGCUACGUAAAAAGAUUUACAUCCCUGCAGCUAAGCUACGUAUUUUAAAAUGUCUGGGGCUACCUAAAGAAGAUAUGCAGUGGUUUACACAAAACGAAAAAGAAAGCCAGAUUCAUGUUGUUCCUAUGUGGACAAUUGCUAGCUUUAAAAGACUUAAGUAUGUUGCCAAUCAGUAUACGGGUAGAUUCAGUCUUAUAGUUGCUUUCUCUCCAACUGGCUGGACAUUCGGUAAAGGAAAGAAGAAAUCUCCAGGGAGAAAGUGGCAGCAAGGAACGACUAUAAGGUAUGAAGUGCCAUACAGUGAGCAUAGCAGCUUCUCUGAACUCAGAGAGUUUGUAAAGAUUGUAUCUCCGGUGAACAUAAUACCUAGCGUGAAUAAUGAUGGGCCUGAUUCUGCCAAUGCCAUGGUUUCCCUUUUAGUCUCUUAAUCUGUACACAUUAUUAUAAGCUAUUUCAUUUAAUUUGUAGUUCAACAAACAUAUCUGUAAUAAAAACUUGAGCAAUUGUACCAACCUUUUUCAGAAUCUGAAUGUAUAUUAUUAAUACAUCAAACUGACCCAUUUUCCCUUUUA